UUAUGCUGAUUGAAAAUUUAGCAAAUGAACUACAAUGCUCAAUUUGGUAAGCAUUGAUAAAUAUUAUAUUAGCUUAAGUUUAUUUAGUAUUCCAUUUGUAAUUCCUUGUGGACAUAGUUUUUGCCGCGAUUGCAUUCAAAAUUAUGGAAAAGCAACUAAAUCUACGAAAUGCCCGCUUUGUAAAUAGCCUUUCAAUCUAAACAAAAUAAAUCUUAACAUAUCACUUCAGGCAGUCUUGAAUGUAAUGGAUCAAGAUAAUACUAAAAUAAAAGCAGAUUAGAGUAGAAAAAAAUCUAAAUCCACUAAUUUUUUUAUAUGUACUUCGAAUUUAUCUGAUGAAUAUAAGGUACCAAAAUUAGUAAAUUAAGGAAUGUCUUGAAAGAUUUUAAAAACAAUUCAAAAUAAAAUCAAAUUCAAACAUUAAUUCUAAGAUUACACAUCUUAUUUCAGGACCUGAUAAUCCAAAUAAACCAUUUAUAGCCAGAAGAACCUUAAAAUAUUUGGAAGCAUUGGCUAGAGGGAUUUGGAUUAUUAAUAUAGAUUGGGUAAUUGAAAGUCUUAAAUGUGAUACUAUUUUAAAUGAAGAAGAUUUCGAAAUUAAAGGGGAUGAAUUUCCUACACUUACUCCUAAAAUAUCAAGAACUCGUGGUGGAAUGUAUGAUUUCCUAAGAGAUUAUGAAUUUAGUAUUGAAGUAGGAAAUAUUAAUAAAACAAUUAUUAAUCAAGAUUAUAUUGAAACUUUAAUUGAACUUUGUGGUGGUAACAUUGUAAGUUUAAAAGAGAAGACUUAAAAUACUAUUAUAAUUAAAAUAGUUUAAGAUCCUCAAAUGAAUUAUACAUGUAUCCAGUGUAUUCCUAUGAUAGUCAAUUAAAAAUGGCUAUUUGAUAGUAUUAGCAAAUUUAGUAUGUAAAAUUAUUUUGGUUAUCUAAUAAGUAAUUGA